AGUCAAUGACGCAUGCGCAACACGUAACUAUAUUUGCGUGCGCCUGACGUUGAGGAGUUGAUAGGAAGGAUCUGUUCGGAGUGCCUGUCCAGUUCUGACUGGAUACCCAGGUGUAGGUGAGUCUGCGUGAUCGAUCCAUCACCUUGCAAACAUGGAUUUCCAGCAUCGAGCUGGAGGGAAGACGGGGAGCGGUGGGGUGGCAUCUGCCUCUGAGAGUAACAGAGACAGGCGAGAGCGGUUACGUCAGCUGGCCCUGGAGACCAUUGACAUCAACAAAGACCCCUAUUUUAUGAAGAAUCACUUAGGAUCAUACGAGUGCAAACUUUGUCUGACACUUCACAACAAUGAGGGCAGCUACUUGGCUCACACGCAAGGAAAGAAACAUCAGACCAACUUAGCACGGAGAGCAGCUAAAGAGGCGAAGGAAGCUCCUGCUCAACCAGCUCCAGCGAAAGUUAAAGUUGAAGUCAAGAAGUUUGUCAAAAUUGGUCGACCAGGAUACAAGGUGACCAAACAGAGAGAUCCAGAGACUGGACAGCAGUCUUUACUUUUCCAGAUUGACUAUCCAGAGGUCGCUGAAGGAAUUGGACCCAGGCACCGCUUCAUGUCUGCCUAUGAACAGCGCAUCGAGCCCCCUGAUCGUCGCUGGCAGUACCUGCUGUUGGCUGCUGAACCGUAUGAGACCAUAGCCUUCAAAGUUCCCAGUAGAGAAAUUGAUAAAGCAGAAAACCGCUUCUGGACUCACUGGAACAGAGAAACUAAACAGUUCUUUCUACAAUUCCACUUCAAAAUGGAGAAAGCUCUUCCCCCGUCCGGUGGUCCAGCACCUCCUACCAGCGUGAAGCGCCCCCCUCCUCUGAUGAGUGGUGUUGGACCUCGCCCACCAAACGACAGUCUGCCUCCUCCCCCACCUGGAGGGAUGCCUGUGCCUCCCCUCCCACCUGGUGCACCAGGUGCCCCCCAGAUGCCCCCUCAGAUGCCCAUGCCCCCCAUGCCAAUGAGGCCGCCCCCUCCAGAGGGCCUUGGAAUGUCUAAUAAUUGAUCAUCUGUUAGAAAUGUAUGAUUCUGUCAUUGUGUGCGAUCACACUGCCCUGCCUGUCAGCCACAGUGUCAACCUCCCUUUGGAUAUUACAGGUAUAUUCAGUUUAAUUAUUUCUACAGCUGCUUAAAGUCCCCAUUUGUUAGGUUUUUAUGCAUUUCUUUGGUUUAUUUGAACGUGUAGGGCAGUGUGUUGUUGCACCAGUAUAAAUUUGACCACACUCUUUUGUAUUAAAGUCUAGGUUGUGGAUAUGGAGCUACGACUGGUAGCUCGUCUUUUAAGAUGUUUUUGUAAUUAAAAGCUGUAGAGAAACAGGAAA